GUUGACAUAAAUAAAGAUAUAGGUGACAAUGUUUGGCCACAAUCCCCUCAUAGAUGACUUUAUGAUUCUCCCAACUGUAGCAGAGUCCAUGAAUAAUCAAAACAUUUUCCAGCAACACUUUAUCAGCCAUUUUCUUACAUUAUGCGAUGAUUAUGCAAUCGAAGAACAAAGGAUUCAUCCCAAUGUACAAUGGAAUCGGUCAACAGGGGUUGACACGGGUGAUAGCUUUUUGUAUGAUUCCCGGAAACCCAAAUCGGGGUCCAUAUCAGACUUUUUGAAGAGAACAUUAUCAUGCAUUCCAUGUUUACCAUAUGCAUAUUAUUGGUUGAGGAGGGUGUGUCAAAGAGGACGAAUCAGGGUGAUACAGAAACUUUCAAAACUGACCAAUGAGGAUGUAGAGUUGAUUGUUGAGGAUGUGGCUUGUGAGUUAAGUAUUGUGUUUGAAUACCAACUAGGAAUGAUUUCGGGUCGCACUCAUGUUCAGAUGUUAGCGGAACAUGCUGUCGAUUGCAUAUUUACAUAUCUCCGCCGAAAUGAUUCUGAGCUUACACGCAAUGACUUGCUUUAUGCUGUUUUGACUGUUCUCCCGAAAAAACGAAACAAGAGUAAAUUUGUUCUCCACACAAAGUUUGAUCAAAAUGAAAAUUGCAAGUAUAAAUGGCGCUUACAUCACGUAUUGAAAUAUCCGGGUCUUCGUGUCCAAGACUCAAGCCAGCCUCUAGUUAAAUGCAAGUUCUACAGAUGCUACACUCCUUGGGGCCAAAAAUGUAAGCCCCAAAUAUAUGGCUACAGAGCCCCUAUGUAUAAUUGGAAUGAACAUGAUAAAGUAUUUGAGUUGUGUAGCGUAGAUAAGACAACGAUGGCACAGGGUGGAAGAACACGUGUAGAUUUUUCCUCAAUGGAUCCCCAUCAGCAGUUCAUUCCAACAUUUUGGUAUAUAUCAUGGGAUGAAUUAGAGAAAUACACUGCCUACAUUCGAGACCAGAAAUCUCUGGGGUCAAACAACAUGGAUAGCUUGAAUCUCUUUGUGAAGUACAUGUACAAUAUCCCCAAAGAAAUCCAUUGUGUGUUUAGACCUGAGAAUAAAACAGUCAAGACAAUCACAUUCACUCUGGAACCUGAGACAAUCGAAAUGAUCGAAUCAUCAAAAGACUCUGGGUCUGAUCUAGAUGGCGCUGUGCUAGAAUUAUUGACAGUUGUCGGGAAUAAGCGCAGUCCAGAAACUGAGGAUGUAAUCUCGUCACAAAUGGUUGGUAAUGAAGGAAAACCAAAUCAAACUACCGAUCAUGACAUUGCAAAACACAGCUUGAAUCUGAGUGGAGGAAAUUUCAAUGAGACAAACUUCUCCCAUUGUCAUUUUGAUAAACUAGUACCAGAGUUAUGUCUCGAAAAUGUGCAAUUUCAAAGAUGCAGUCUUCAAAAGUGUAAUUUGGAAAAGUUCAGUAUUCGGUGUUCUGACUUCGCUGAAUCUGAUUUCUCGUACAGCAACAUCAAGAAUUUAUAUGCUGUUGACAGUGUCAACUUUUCCAAAGCUAGGUUUAGGUAUUGUAUUGUAGAAGGGGCCCAUUUGCAUAUGGAUAAUGAAGACCCCUUAGAAGGUGAAUCAGAUGAAGAUGAACCAAUGACACCUGAUGUGUCUGGAAAACUUGCAUUUGUGAAUGAAGCGUUUGAUGGUGGAUAUAAACUAAGUAAUGAAGAUGAGUCUCAAACUGAAAAUCAAAAGUAGAUCACAAUUCAGAAUCUUGAUUUAUUGGCCAUAGGGCGACAUCCAUAUAAUGGAAUUCAAAAUAUUCAUGUUUGUAUUCAUUUUCUUUAUAAAAUGUAAAUGAAUUUCGCCGCAUUACUUCCCAUUGAUUCUUCAAUAACUUCUUUCCUACAAUGUUUUACUAACAUAGGACUAAACUGUUGUUUAAACUAUUACGUGAAACAUAUAUUGAUAUAAAAGCUUUUUCUUACCACUAAUGAACUAAAGAAUAUAGUAUAUCUAUAGGUUCAUUUGAUAUUUAAUAUGAUACAAAGCAAUGCAGUGCAAUCAGUACAAAACAUUUCAUAUUAGCAUGAAUAUGACACCUCCAAUUUCUAGAUAACGCUUGGAUUUAUAAAACAUUAAUCAAUCUAAAAUCCUCGCUGAGUAAUACAUCCCAUUGUUUCUCUGUUUCGCAGUAUUUUAUGGCAUUACUCCAAUAUGUGGUAAUUCCUCAGCUCCUCUU